CCCUCAGACGAGUCCGAGUUGGCCGUUAGUGCGUGCGACCGUGCCUAGGAGAAUUAACAAACUAUGGCCACUUCGGUUAAACUGAACACUGGCGCAGAUAUGCCAGUUAUCGGUCUUGGAACAUGGAAGUCACCUCCAGGUAAAGUAGCCGAAGCUGUAAAAGCCGCCAUAGCCGCGGGCUACCGCCACGUCGAUGGAGCGUUUGUCUACCGGAACGAGAAGGAGGUGGGAGACGGUAUUCAAACCAUGAUCAGAGAAGGCGUGGUGAGGAGAGACGAGCUCUUCGUGGUCAGCAAGCUUUGGUGCACCUUCCAUGACAAAUCUGCAGUGAAAGUAGCGUGUCAGAUGACAUUAAGUGACCUGCAGCUUGACUACAUAGAUCUGUAUCUGAUUCAUUGGCCAUUGGGCUUUCAGGCUGGACCAGAUGAGUUCCCCCUGGAUAGUGAAGGAUUAAUCAUUAGUGAUGAUAGCAGUUUCCUAGACACUUGGGAGGGUAUGGAGGAGCUGAUGGAUGAAGGCCUGGUUAAGGCCAUUGGUGUCUCCAACUUCAACCAUGAGCAGAUUGAAGCCAUUUUAAACAAGCCAGGCUUGAAGUAUAAACCUGCCAACAACCAGAUUGAGUGCCAUCCUUACCUAACUCAGGAGAAACUGAUCAACUUCUGUCAGUCUAAGGGCAUCUCCGUGACUGCCUACAGCCCCUUGGGGUCACCUGACAGACCUUGGGUCAAACCAGAGGACCCCUCAUUGCUGGAGGACCCAAACAUAAAAGCCAUUGCUGAAAAGCACAAGAAAACCUCUGCACAGGUGCUAAUAAGGUUCCACAUCCAGAGGAACGUCAUCGUGAUACCGAAGUCCAUCACUCCUUCACGCAUUCAGGAGAACUUCCAGGUCUUUGACUUCAGCCUGAGUGAUGAGGAGAUGAAAACAAUUUUGGGCUUCAACAAGAACUUUAGGGCUUGUCCCAUGCCUUGGGGCGUGAAGCAUAAGGACUACCCCUUUCAUGCUGAAUUCUAAAUACGGAAAAGCCCCUUCUAAGACGCCACUUAAAGCUGCAAAGCUAGUUAACUUUUGUUGCUUCUUUUAUUGUUCUUUUGACACAGGUUUGACAAGGCUUGAGUGUGAGUUUACAGGAAGGUUCGGGUUUUCCGUAAGCAGUGCAAACUUAAUUGCUUCUGUUUAGUUUUUUCUUUUCUGUGAAUCUUUGUGAACACCACUACUUAGUUUAUGCUGCUCUCCUUUAUACUUGCAUUCUACAUUAUACUCUACAUUAUACUUUAUUGCUCCCAUUUCUAUUCACAUCAUGUAAAGUUUUAUACCAUGUAAUUAUUUUGCUUUCCCUAGUUUGAUUGUCCUAAGAAUGAUCUUGAAUUAGAUUUUCAUGUAGGAGCACUCCUUUCACACAGGAGCACUCCUUCCCCCCGUUAAAUGGUCACAGUGUCACUCCUCCUUGCAGGGUCUCUGGUGAGGUACUCUUACUCAUUAUAGAUCACCUAUCGGCCCAUUCACACAUAGAAAGGUUUGUCCACAUGUUUGAUUUGUCCUGUUUAAAUGAGUGUUUAACAGGCAGGAAGCAAAUGAUUUACUCAUAUUCUGACUGAAAAAAACUGACAGAAUCAAAAUUUUAUCACAGUUCAUCAGAACAAAUGUUUAAUGGUUGAGUCUGCCAGCAAAAUUGGCUCACACUUCGGUAACUGCAAAUAAAUUGUUACUGAGUCGGGUGGUGUGUGUGUGUGUAAGUAAAAUAAAAAAAAAAAAAAUAAAAAAAAAUAUAUAUAUAUUAUAAAAUUAUUAAAAAAAAAAAACAACAUCUAGCAUGGAAAUCUUUGCUUACCAAACAGCACUUAAGGCUUAAAAUGAAGUCUGUAUAUGAAAUGCAUAGGACUUUGUAUUUGGAGAUGUUAUUCUUUGCUAUCCGGUACUAGUUUUAUUUACAAAAUUCUUCGUGCGUAUUCAGUGAAGAUCUUUAAUGUGCUUCGCCACUCUUUCUUGUCAGUGUGAUUCAUGUAUCAUGAAUAAAUUGAGACAUCAAA